AUGACUGUGUGGCUUCUUAGACAGCUCCAGACUUCAAAUAGUUCAAAUACGGAUGGAAAUCAGAUGAUACAGAACUCUUCAGUACCUCUCUCAGAAGUUAACAUUUCAGUGCCUGUGGUGAUGGAUACCAUGGCUGUGCUCCGCUGCCCACAUGGCUGUGCUCCGCUGCCCUCUUGUACCCCAUUGACAAGAGUGGUAACAACAUGGAAAAUAAGCCUCAGAGACAAGCCUUCCUGUACAAAAGCAUAUAGGAGUGACACAGACGAGACCAAGGAAAUCAACUGUACUGAUGACAGAAUAACAUGGGUCUCCAGACCUGAGGAGAAUCCUGACCUUCAAAUUGGUCCAGUGGCCAUCUCUCACGAUGGGUAUUACAAGUGUACAAUAGCUUCAGUUGGUGGGAAUUUCCUGCAUGAGUAUCACCUCCAAGUAUUAGUUCCCCCUGAAGUGACCCUGUUUCUAAGCAGGAAUAGAACUGUGGUGUGCAAGGCAGUAGCAGGGAAGCCAGCUGCACACAUCUCCUGGACCCCAGAGAGGGAUGAUUGUGACACUAAGGAAGACUAUUGGGCCAAUGGCACAGUGACUGUCCAGAGUACAUGUGCCUGGGAGGACCCCAAUGUGACUGCUGUGACCUGCUCUGUCUCCCAUUUGACUGGUAACAAGAGUCUGUGCAAAAAGCUGCUUCCCGGUUAG